AUGGAAAUUACCAUUGAUAAUGGACAAUACGUCUUCGAUAUAUCUAAACGUCGAGUUGAAGCUGUCAAUGAUGACAAAAACCCACACGAAGACGAUGGAGGGAUAUGUCUCAGAUAUACCAUAUUCAGAACCUAUGAUAUAUCAGCAUUUAAACCAACAAAACAACAAGGUCUUCAAAGAACGGAUUUGGCAGAGAACGCUGUAGACAGAUCUUUAUCCACAUGUUCUUCUACAUAUUUAUCUAAUCCAGCAUGGUGGUAUGUGGAUCUCCAGAAAGUCAAAAGUAUUUAUGACGUACAGAUUUACUUCAGGCUUUAUAAUAAGAGCUAUGGUUGUACCAGAGAUGAUGCUUAUGGACAACUCUGUAAUGAAACCUGUCCCUCACACUGCCAAGAAAGAAGGUGUUACGUAACUAAUGGGACUUGUGUUGGAUGCAUCGAUGGCUGGAUCGGGGAAAAAUGCCUUGAUGCUUGUCCAGCUGGAUUUUAUGGAGCAGAGUGCAACAGAACAUGUUCAGUCAGAUGUCAAGAAAAAUCUUGUAAUCACGUGACUGGUCAUUGUUCAGGAUGUAUUUCAGGAUGGAUGGGAUAUGAUUGCAAUGAAAGAUGUAGGUAUGGGACAUACGGAGAAAAUUGUAAAAGGAAUUGUAGCGGAAACUGUGCAAACCAGGAGGAUUGUAACAAAGAGAGCGGAGAUUGCAAUGCAGGGUGUGUACGGGGUUAUAGAGGCUCUAAAUGUGAAGAAGAAUGUGAUUUUGGUACUUAUGGUGCUAAUUGUACAAAUCUCUGCAGUGGAAACUGCUUCGAAAAUAAAACCUGUAAUAAGGUUUAUGGAGAAUGUAUGGAUGGAUGUAGGGAAGGGUUUAAGGGAACUUUAUGUAAUGAAAAAUGUAGCCAUGGAAAGUUUGGUAAAAUGUGUAAAGAGGAUUGCAGUGGAAAUUGUUUAAACAAUGAAACUUGUUUUCACACAAACGGUCAUUGUUUGAUGGGAUGUGAGGCGGGAUUUCAAGGCAAGAAAUGUGACGCACUGUGCUCUGGUUCUUAUGGUCACAAUUGUGAAGAACCGUGCAGUUCACACUGUCUGAAGAACGAGACUUGUGAUAUUAUAAAUGGAAGUUGUCCUUAUGGCUGUCAAGAGGAAUAUGAGGGUGAUACAUGUAAGCAACGAAAAGGAUCGGCGUUAAAGACAUCUGAGACGAAUGCAGGAAAUGUCACAUACGGCGUGGUCAGUGGUGUUGUAGCGGUGGUUGUUAUAGUCCUGGUAGUUGUGGUGGAGAUUCCAAAGGGUGAAUUACAUCCAUGUGAAGUUGGUCAAAGAGAAGAAAACAAAGACAAGAACAGAUACACGACGACAUUUCCCUACGAUCAUACUCGUAUCAUUCUACAAGAAUCUAACAAGAACGACGGUUAUAUCAAUGCUAACUACAUCAAGGAAAAAUGUAAACAAUAUUGGCCAAACAACAGUGAGAAAAUCCAACAUGGACAUUUUACCAUUCGAAGCAAUGAAGAAAAGACCUAUGCAAAUUAUGUGACGAGGAAGUUCCAUGUGCAAAAUAUUGCUGAACACAAAGAACGAGACGUGAGGAUGUUUCACUAUACCCAGUGGCCAGAUCAUGGGGUCCCUGAAGCUAUAAACCUUGUCAUUUUCCAUCAGCAUUUCUUGAGAUCGGUUUCAGGGAAUUCUAUUCAACCUAAACUUUUAGUACACUGCAG